AUGCUCAAAAUCCAAUGCUAUUGUUGUCAAAGGAUGGAACCAACGAUGAAUAAAUAUUCACUUUAUAUCCCACGAGUAGCUCUUAGUUCGUCAAGUUCAUCAAGUAAAAGUUCAAAACGUCACGAAAAUUUCGCACAAAAUUUCUCAAAUACGAAAGGAGAAGUCUCGGAGACAAGCGGAGAAAGUGAAUCGGAAGGAAUUUAUGGAUCAACAUUUCAUCGUUACGACAAAGAUUCCGAAACGAAUCGUAACCAAAUAUAUCUUGUACAUAAAGCUCCAAAGCAUGGAUCACAAUCAACACAAAGUUCGUCUUUGUCAUCUUCUUCGAAAAGCAAUUUUAGCAUGAAUCUUGGAGUCAAUUCGUUAUUGUUAAGUGUAAAAAAUUUAGAAGAGUUUAACAAGAUGUCAACGUUAUCUCAUCAGAUUUAUAAUAAAAAUGAACGAAACAAUUUCCAGUCAAAUUAUGAACAGAAACGUCAAAUGCUUGAAAAUAUUCGGACAAUUCUUUCGAUUGAUGAAUUCAGCGUUAAAGACGCAGAUGAAAAAGUGAAAGACUCUGAUGAACUCUCGACUGCCAGUUCGAUCACAACAACGAAUUUCACGGUGGUAACGUUCAAUGGUUUCAAUAAAAAGCCAAUCAAGUCAAAAUCAAUUUGCAGACGAAGCCAUCAAGUAACGAUUGUCAUCAUUGUCAUGAGUCUUUUACUAUUUUUUCUAAUAUCUGGUCUGGUUUGCAUGCUUGAAAUGAGAUAUCAAAAGAUGCCAAGAUGA